ACCUCGUCUUUGUCCUGCCUGCUGCGCCGCGUCAUUCUUUUCUGCUGUUGGCAACGUCCUCGACACCCGCUUCUGCCACGAUGUUGUCCCUACCUCAGCCUGCCUUCAUUUCAUCACAAAGAGAACGAAGCAGAGCCUCUGCCGACGCCAACUCAAACUGAUGACAAAAUUAUACGCAUACGUCCUCGCCGUGGCCUGCAUCCGCUGUACCAAACCUCGGACCCACGCACCCCCCUGAUGGAUAUGGCAAUUCCACUUCCUCUCCGCCCGCCUCCCUACGCCUCGCCACUUCCGUUACUCGUCGAUGUCGAGACUUUGCGAAUGUCUAGGCGAAACGCGCCACGGCUCCAUUCUCGAUGGUCCCCUUUCCCACCCGGUCGUGUCGACCUCGCCUUACUGUUACAGCGGAAAAUUGCCUGUUCUGGUAAUUUGACGGCUUGAAAGAGAUGUUGGAAUGGGUCGCGGGAUUACACAGCGAGUCAGCAAUGGUCCUACGCGCGGUGUCAAUCAUCUCGAUGCAGGCGCCCAGGAAUGAAGAUCAUGGUCCAGGCUAUUGCUCAGACUACCGGAAGAGGCAAAACCUUGCCUACGAAAUUACUAUGUCUGGUAAUUUCCAAGCCCUCAACCUUGGGUCAGCGAUCCGCAAGGAUCGAUAACACGUCGCAUGACACAGAGCAGGGUCUGCCGCGCUGGUCUCUUUCACUCCGGCGUUACAGUCAGGGGCUACGAUUACACGCUAGCGAAUUGCCUCAAUGGGCAAUUCACGUCUUGUCUGAACCCUAGACACGGGCUCUGCCUGUUUCUGGCCUGGACUGAGGCAACAUCAACGAUGCUGGCCUCGCAUAUACGAGAUGUAGCGCAUGGCCAGGCUGCACGCGUAUCACGGUCUCGAACGACGAUCCGGGGCUCAUUAUCCUUGAGAUAGCAAGUUCCUCCAGGAGGGAUAGCUCUUGCGAGGCUCGUGAAGAAACCCUCCACCCGAGAACCAACUUGUGUCGGCAUCCCCGAAUCAUCAGUCAAGGGGCAGCUUGUUUAAAACGCCGCAACCAGUUACGUAGGUUGCUACGACACCGAGCGGCCAGAAAUUCAAAGCUAGCAACGUCCCCUCUCGGCGACCAAAUUCCCCUUUCGGGACGACUCACACCAUGGGAGGGGCUGUCGGCUCUUGGACCUUAAAGACAGUACGCGGGUCUGCCUAGACUUGGCGUGGGCCAAGGAUGAAAGGAAUCCAGGGCAAUUCACGUCCUGGCCUUCCUGGACAUUUGGCCCCCCCUGAUGUGACUUUUCGACCAGGUAACGCCGACAUCGAUUACCUUGCUUAUACGAGACGGGGAACACCGGAUAGCUCGAACUCAGCUCGAGGCACCGGCGCAUUAUUCCCGAGACAAUCAAAAGUUCCGCCAAAUUCUUGCCUCAUGUGGUAUGGCUUGCGAGGUCGCAUCGCUGAUGGCCUCAUGCUCACCCAUGCUCAGGGGGCGGCUUAGUUGUGUCGGCUGAAAGGUCGACCGGGCUCGAUAGAGUGUCAGGCUCAACCGGACAUGCUCUACUCGGUGUCACAAGAACGCCGAAGUUGUACGGCAAGUGGAUGGGUGCCUAUCGCAGUCUGACGACCAUGGUUCAUUCUCCAGGGACGGCCUGGGAGCUGAGACCGUCCGGGCCAAGUUCGAAGCUGGUGACGUGACUCGCUAGGGCUAGACAGGGGCUCAUGGCUUCGCGAUGCUGCGGAUAUGGCCAACCAUUCGCCCGGCAAGUCCGCUAUCACAGCCGUCGAUGGGCGAGGCGGAUCGGCAAUCACAAACGAGAAGGCGCCCAUCAGCGCGUCAGGGGCAUCACCAAUGCUUGAAAGAGAAUAUCGCAUCAUCCUGAGUACCGCAUGACGAAUGAGUUGCAUUUAGCUAGUGGGCCAAGUGAUGCUGGCUUCGUAUUCCCCUGUAGGUGUGGAAGCAGCAGGGUCUUCUAUGGGUUGAUGUGCGGAUGUUUUGGAUGAACAGUCGUGUCCAGGAGAGGAGGGGCUCAUUUGAAGACGGAUAACAAAAAUAUAUAAAGUCCCCUUUCGCCAUUACCAUGCCAGCCAGCUCAUGCUAGAUCAGUCAAACUCGCCUUUCUUCUUUUCGCCCACGAUGGUCCUCUCACAGUUCAAAAAAUUGGACGUAAAGUCCAUGGAACAGUUGUACGAAAAAAAAGAGCGUAAAAAGAGGCAACGCGCAGAGCAGAAACGUCGACACGAGCGCGAAGAGCAGCAGCAGCAGCAACAGCACCAGAAACAAGCGCAACUCCCAUCAAAGGCCCUUGCAACACUACUUGGACAGACCGUUGGAGUUCUGGGUGCGACAGAGGCCCAGACCACAAGCUGGACAAGCGCCGACCCUUUCGCUAGCAUUGGCAACCUUGACUUUGAUUCUGGUGAGAAUUUUGGAAUCGGCGAAGCGUACACACAAUGCGACUUCGCGUCCUUGGAGUCCACAGAACCGUCUUGUGAGAUCAGUGGUAUCCUAUCGACAAUGCCAAAGCCUACCUUUGCAGAUGAUAUCAACUCACAUUCGCCAUUUUGGUUGUCUUGCGCACCCCUACCUGCUCAGCCUUCCACAGAACGAGCCCCUCAUGACGAGGCAAAUCCAUCUUCGGCUGAGGAACUGUCAUUGGCUCUUGACCUAACCAGACGGGCAACUGGGCAACUUCGCCUGGCAGAUUCUGUUAUCAGCGCCACGAACGCAUCUGUAGUUGAAGUUGAAGAUAGCAGCGAGAGCAGUGGGAGUUGCAAUGCUGAUGAAACCGACGACGACAGGGGUUCUGACGAUGAAGAGACAGAUGUUGAGAGCUGCCAUCAAGAGAUGGCAGUCCCAAGAUGUGAACUUACGGGAAAAGAUCUGUCGGGUAGUCCUGUACUACACGUCCUGUCACAAAGCAAACCCGCAGCGCCCAACUGCCCGGAGUGCCCGUCUAUUGCUAGAAACCCAUUUCUCAGCGACUCGGCAAAGGCACCAGUUGGUUUCUUGGGUGGGUUGAAAGAGCCUCAAACAGGCGAUUUUUCACUCCCUACCCCAGCGUCUGAUCACGCCUCCGGUUCAGGGCAAGUUGGCCAUAUUGUCACCUGUCGGAAGAAACGGGGAGGCGAGCCAACCGAAGGCGGCAGCGCGAGCCAUGAACUACGCCCGGCUAAACGAAUGAGGCCUCGCAAAGUCGACAACGGGACAAAAUCACCGGCUCUGCCACCCAGAACUUUACGCGCGUUGCCAUCUCGAGUCCCGGCAGAAAAUUCAAGUAAGAGGCUGUCAAACGAAAUUGAAACACAGCCUCAUCGCUCGGCCGAAACACCGGAACGGUCUGAAGCGGAGGACCCCAUCGGUUUGAUGCCCUGUGGCAACGACAAGCUGCGCCCUGAUACAUUAUUUAUGCACGACUUGGAUGAUACCUCCAAAAGAAGCAGGUGCAGGGAAGCAAGGCAGGGUCGCUCGCGAAAAAUAUCGCCUGUUCCCUCACUUCGCCCAAACCACCUUUCUAGGAAUCAUGAUCAGACGGAGAGGUGCGGAUUGGUUCCCCCUCCGCCUAUCAACACCACGGCGAACCUACCAGUAGCCACAUGCCAUGCUUGCGGCUUUUCUGCGAAACACCUAUUACGCAUGAUUAACACUUUCGAGGCUCUCAAUGGGGGUAUCGCUAGGUUGCCUGAUGGUGAAAGACGGAUGGACAUGCUUGAGCUAUUCCUUGGGUUCAUCAAAAACUAUGCUACGGAGAGACUUCCACACAACGAAUUAAUCACGGGGGAAGACGAACCGUAUAACACGGCACAUCAAGAUCAUUCAGCGGAGGUUGCUAUCGGACUGUCACACGGUGAUACAUUCAACCAGGAUGAUGGCUCGGACGACAACGCCGAUGACAACGACAGCCAAAGCGACACCCAAAGUGGCAAUGAUUGUUCUGAUCAUUACCACAGCCCAGACAGUCUUGAAGAAAACGUUAAAAGGUCUAAGCGCCGCCGUUGGACGGAUUGGGAAGAGGAGCGUCUGCGUGUAUACAUUGAAGAGGGGAAGGAGUGGUCAUGGAUUGCAAAAAGGCUGCAUCGAAGCGAGCCAGCUGUGACUCAGCAUUGGGUGAUAAUGGAGAGGCAAGACAAGGAGGCAGUAAAGUAAUUCAGGCAUAUUUGCUACUAAGUUGCCAACGACUUCAGAGGACUGUCAUUUGAUGUCUUGCGAGACUAACAUCAAACGCAUUUAAUGGAAGGUGGUAGAUAAUAUCCAAAUUGUAUGCAUCACCAGUACUGAGAUAAUACACAAACCCUCCAACAAGACUGAUAAGCCAUUCUGUUCACUAAGAAAUGGCCGAUUUAGCCUCUAAUAAAGAUUGAAGUAGAUACC